AAAUAUGUGCAGCUCAAAUGAUCUGAUCCGAUCCCAGUGUAAUCUCAUUAGGUGAACUAAAUCCAGGUAACUUGACUGAUACCAUCAGAGACAACAGAGGGGGGCACUCAAAAUAAAACUUCUGCCCGUUGCUGCUCAAUCCAAAAAUACAAAGUGGCCCCUCUCGUCUCCUGGCGACAUUUGAAUGUCAUGCCGAUUGCUCACGAUAAACUGACCGCAGGAGGAAGGGACCGCGCAAAGACUCGCUAGGCACUAAGAGCAUGUCCAAUAGGAAAGUGGCCGUCGUUAUUGGACUGGGAGUAGCUGUGAUGCUUCUGGUGCGCAGCGGAGACCCGCUGGACUCCGUGCGCAACGGGUGCUCGGUUUGGAGCGACUUGGGGUUACUUGAGCGGGCUGUGGUCUGCGUCAUCGCCGGAUGUUCCCUGCUCGCCUUGGGCUGGCUGCACGGGCUGCUCUUCGGUCCCCUGGAGGUGCUGAGGGGGCCCGACGACGUGGGGUACAUCGCCGAGGACGGUCGCUCCAGAGCGCGGGCGGCCAACGAGGUGCGCCGAAGGAGGAAAACCGGAGAGCUGCCUCCGGUCUUUCCGAACGGCUGGUACCGGGUUCUGGACUCGCGCAGGCUCCAGAUUGGCGAGGUCAAAAGUGUCUCUGUUCUCGGUGAACAGGUGGCAGUGUUUCGGGGCCAGGAUGGGCCGGCCUACGUGGUGGAUGCCUACUGCCCCCACCUCGGGGCCAACUUGGCUGUGGGAGGACAAGUCGUGGGUGGCUGCAUAGAAUGUCCGUUUCAUGGAUGGCAGUUUCGGGGAAACGAUGGAAAAUGCGUGAAGAUCCCUUAUGCAGAAAAAGUGCCGGAGUUUGCCAAAGUGCGCUGCUGGCCCAGCUGUGAGGUCAACGGCCAGAUCCUGGUUUGGUUUCACUGUGACGGAGACGAUCCUCAGUGGACCAUCCCGGAGCAGCAGGAAAUCACAAAGGGCGAGUGGGUCUAUCGGGGGAGAACGGAACAUUUCAUCAACGCUCACAUAGAGGAGAUUCCUGAAAAUGCGGCGGACAUCGCUCACCUGACUCACCUGCACACGCCGGCUAUUGCCAGCGGUGUAGAUCUGCGUUACACCAACAGCAAAGCCUGGGAAUUCCUGCGCCAUGACUGGAAGGUUCACUGGGAACCAGAGCCGGAGCCCAACAAGCAUUGCUCCCAGAUGACGGUGAAACACGCGCUGACUGUGUUUGGGUGCCACUGGCCUCUGCUGGAUGUCCGCGUCGUGGCCAGACAGGUGGGUCCGGGAGUGGUGUUUCUGCUCUUUGACCACAGCUUCUUGGGCCGAGGCGUCAUCUUGCAGUGUGUGACUCCGGUGGAGCCUCUGCUGCAGUGUGUCUCUCACACCAUCUUCUACCAGUCAAACAUCCCACCUCUGGUGCCCAAGUUCAUCCUCAGAGCGGAGUGCAUUCAGUUUGAGCGCGACGUGAUGAUCUGGAACAACAAGAAGUACAUCUCCAAGCCUCUUCUGGUGAAGGAGGACUCAGCCAUCCAGAAACACAGGCGCUGGUUCAGUCAGUUCUACAGCGAGAACAGCCCGCAGCUGCAGCACCAGCGUCACACUUUGGACUUCUGACCUCUCCCAACUGAAGCG